AAUUACCAGACGCAUAUACCUUUAUACUUAUCAGAGAAUCGUUAUGCGACUUGAAUAAAAUAAAUUAAGCUUCUCUCUAUUUCAAUCAGACUACACUCAUUUAUAAUCUCUCUCCUCAAAUUUGAAAAUUGUGAACAAUUCUCUGCAGUUCUCUGAUUGCUGCUCAAGGUUGUGAACAGGAAAGAGCUGUGAAUUCUCUGGUCUUCAAGUAAUAUGGUCGGCCAGAACGCAUAUGUUCCACCACGUUACAUUCCCCUCGAGCAGUCAGAUGCACAAGCAGAUGUAGUACCUCCUCCUUCAGAUGUUGAUCCUAGACCACAACACAACAGUAGUGUUCCAGGGCAGUGGUCCUCGGGAAUCUGUGCUUGUUUCGAUGAUAUGCAGAGCUGUUGUGUUGGGCUUAUUUGCCCGUGCUAUCUUUUUGGGAGAAACGCAGAGUCUUUGGGUUCUGGAACUCUAAUAGGAUCGUGUAUGAUGCAUUUUGUAUUAUGGGCUCUUGUGAAUACUCUAUGCUGUGUGAUGACGGAAGGUGUUAUGUUGGGCGCCCCUGGAUGCCUUGUAGCCUGUUAUGCAUGUGGCUAUCGGAGGACUUUAAGGGAAAACUACAAUUUGGAGGAAGCACCAUGUGGAGACUUUGUCACACAUUUCUUCUGUCACUUAUGCGCCAUGUGUCAAGAAUACAGAGAAAUCCGCGAAAGAUCUCAAGACCUAAAUUCCAGUAGCCGGAAUAUGGUGGAAUUGGCCGCUCCUCCUGUACAGAAUAUGGGACCAGCUUCACCAAAAUAGACUUUUCUCCCUUGUAUUGUUUCUACCACUCUGAAUGCUUCUGUCAUGUCUUCAUAAUAUUUACCUCAAUUUAUGAUAUGUAUUUUUUUUUGAAGGAGAAACGGCUUACCAAUUAACCUGAGCUUUGUUGUCCUCAA